AUGGAGGCGGCACGUACUAAUGCUGACUGGUCUUUUCUCAACAAAAAACCCUUUGGGUUUAUGAUGUCAAUGCAAACAAUUUUGAGUCUCUUUAUCGUCAUACUAGUAUUCUUUGCUCCAUUCGUCUUUGAAGGUGUAGGAUUUGUGAGUGCUUGCGCUUUCACCUUAUUCAUCUGUUCUGCAAUAUAUAAUCUGUUUCACGUUAUGGGAUGGAAUCGGAAGGUGAUACAACUUCCCGGUGGUAUCAACCUUUUCGUCCCUUGCACCUUAUGGGUGCUAAUAAUGUCGGCUAUCUUCUUCGUUUUGUUUUCAUUUGGAACUCUCAUAUGUUUGGUUGCAUUUUUUGAUUCGUUCCGCUUCACAGUCCUUCUGAUAAUUACUUACUUCUUUUUAUCGUUAACAUGUGCCGCUGAUGCUUUCAUUUGUCUUCGUCUUGGCGUGCUUCUAUUUCGAGCAGCACCUAACAGUCAAGUACUUGGUCUAACUACCGUAUUAAUAGACGGUGAUAAAACAUCGAGGUCAGUUUAA